AUGGAGACAAAACGGUUGAAAGUUACGAACAGAAAACAGUUCGAGUGCUUAGUGAAGCAUAUGGAGAAGCAACCUGCAGUGGCUAAGGGUCAAAAAUUUGCAGAGGCAGCUUGUUUUUCAAAGGCCAAGUAUAAUGAGGUGUGGAACCGCAUAAGCAGGGAGCUAAACAGCCUCGGUCCACCGACUCGUUCAAUGAUGGAGUGGCAAAAGGUAUGGACAGAUUUUAACGUAUAUGGCCUUGAACCGAUUGCGAGCACAUCGACGUCUUUGGGAGGACCUACGGAACAGAGCACUGUAUCACCUGAAUCAUCCGAUGAAGAAAAUCUUCCGGUAGUCAACGACCACGAUCGAGAGUUUGCAUCUCAUCCGAAUGAAAAUGUGAUGAUUGAAGAGGAAAUCGGCGAAGACAUCCAGACGCAGGAAACAAUAACGCAACGUCGCGAACAUAGGACGGAUAAGCGAGAAGGAUUUUUGAAGGCGCAGACGGAAUACUUAAAGGAUAUUAAAGACAAUGUUAAGGAUAUAGCCAGAUAUUCCAGAAAAUGUUAUUAUUUGGAGGAGAAGCGAUUGAAGCUGGAAAAAGAAAGAAAUUUAAUGAAAGAAAAGCAGCACGCGGAGUACAUCCAGUACAAAAUGGCUGUGCUCGACUAUAAAAAGAGGAAAUUAGAGUUGAUGGAACAAGCGAACAUUUGA